AUGUCAUCACCACAAGACGUGUCAAUGAGCGAUAUCAAGGACAAGGAGCCCGAGACGACCGUCAAGACGGAGCCCGCGGAGCCCGCCGCUGCCGAAAACGACCCGCAGCCCGCCCCGACGGAAGGCGCACCAGACACAGACGCAAACAGCAAGGAGGAAGGUCCAAAAGAGGGAGGCAAAGAUGGUGUUGAGGGGGAUGGCGAGAAGAAGGAGACUGGAGAGAAGAACUCCGAGGACAAGGAACCAGGCGCACGGGAUUCUGGAGCUUCUGGGGCUUCUGGGGCUCCUGCAGCUCCCGGAACAGAAGAUGUUGACAUGGAGGAUGCCAAUCCCGAGGAAAACGACAUUGAUAUCGACUUUGAGCUGGAGGGACCGGCACAAGAGGAAGAGGAGACCGCACAGGUGCCGGGCCCGGUGCCGGUGACGCGCAAGGACAAGACGCUGAGCGAGUUUCUGGACAACAUGAACGAGUAUGCGCCCAUCAUUCCUGACGCGGUGACAGACUACUAUCUGGCAAAAUCGGGGUUCCAGACCAACGAUGUGCGGAUCAAACGACUGUUGGCGCUGGCGACCCAGAAAUUCAUCUCGGAUCUGGCCUCCGACGCCUACCAGCACUCGCGCAUCCGGUCGUCGUCGUCCGUGUCUUCGGCCUCCAACCCCCAGGCCCGGGCCAAGGCUCUGGUUGCAGGAGUGGGAGGCGCGCAGGUGCAGAGCAGCACAUCGGGUCGGUCGAAAAUUGUCCUCACUAUGGAGGACUUGUCGUCGGCAAGCAGCGAGUACGGUCUCAACCUCAAGAGACCCGACUAUUACAGGUAG